AUGCUCGUGGACGAGUGCGGAGGAGGGAUGGGGUGGUCUGGCAGUGUACGUGGGGGUUGGUCGACCCCUGGGGGAUGCGGGAAUUCCGCCAUGAGUUUUGGAGGAAGUGUCCCGUCUCUGCACCCGACAGGGUCUAUUAGAUCUCUCAGAUCUCAGCACUCUACUAUGGUUCCACCCGCGACUCCUCGGCGCUGUUUGCACUGCCAUCCGGUUCGCAUGUCCACCCCCAACAAUUACGUUCAACACCCGGUGCAAUAUUACACGCCCAGUCGCACCAUGGAUGGACAGAAUGGCACCUACAUUCCCCAACGUAACUCCUAUCAUGGUGACCCUCGACCGCAUUAUAAUGUAGAUGUAGAGGAAAGUGUAGCUGGCAACACGAACUGGGUUCUGGGUGAUUUGCGCAGCCUUCACCGUUGUGUUCCAGCGCUUCGUCGAACAGGUAUAGACGUGGCUGGUAUUCAAACACAUUUCUACCCCGAGGGUGGUUGGGGGUGGUUAGUGUGUGCCGCCGGCUUUCUGGCCCUGUUGCUUACUACAGGAAUGCAGCUCGCUUUCGGUUUGCUACAUCUUUAUGCUGUUAAGCACCUCGGCGAAAUGCACCUGAUGGAUAUAGCUUGGGUUGGAGCCUUAAGUGCAGCAGUGUCACGUGGUUCGGCGCCAUUGGUUGUCGGGGCAUGUCGACGAGGAAGUACCCGACUCAUCGCAGUAAUUGGGGGACUCGUUCUAGCAUUGGCUUCCCUUUUUACCUCUUUCGCACUCCAGAUGCAUCAGGUCAUUUUAAGCUAUGGGCUAGUGCUGGGAGCUGGGGCUGGAUUGGUACGAGAAACUGCUGGUCUGGUGCUGGGUCAUUACUUUAGGAAACGGCUCGAGUUUGUUGAGAUGAUAGUUCAAGCUGGCACUGGCGUUGGGAUCGUACUCUUCAGUGUUUUCUACAAGGAGGCUGUCGGCAAAUUGGGCUGGCGGCUGGGACUUCAGUCUGUGACAGGCGCUCUUUCCUUGACAUUUUUUUUGGGAUUGAUCUAUAGAAGUGCAUCUCUCUACCAUCCUCAACGUCGAGCAAUUGUGCAUCUCAAAAAUCAGAAAAGUAAGCUCAGGGAAAAAAAGUCAGCUACCAAGGUGCCUCAACAACGUUUGGUCGAUCUGCGUCCAUUAAGCUGUCGUCCUGUUAGAAUGCUGAUGUUGGCAGCAGGCUCAGCAGCUUUUGGGCUCUAUACACCUGUCUUCUAUAUUAAAGGAGCAGAGGCAGCCAGACUGGACAAGCUGCUUUCUCGAAAUCCGGAUGCUAUUCUCUGGACUCUAAAAUUACCCGGCUUGGGGUACUCAGAGUCGGACGGGGAUACCUUGGCUCACUUGAUCAAGGCAUAUUUUCCGGGCUUCACAAAGUCAGGAGAUGGGGGGACGGCACCUCUGAGGCAAUCAAAGUCGCCUGGCUUUCACGUCAUAGGCUACGCGGAAGAUAUACUGGUUGUCGUGCGCGGUCAGCAUCUGGAUCCGCUCUUUGGAGUAAUGCAGCAAACAGUAAGAAUAGUUGAUUCAUGGUGUAAGGGGCCUGGACUAUCAGUCAAUCCGAGUAAGACAGAUGUAGUUGCCUUCACCAGAAGGUACAAGUGGGGAACCAAGGGUACAUUGAAGUUGGAGGGACAAAAACUCAAAAUCAAAGGGCAAGCCAAGUAUCUAGGAGUCACCCUGGAUAAGAAGCUGUCAUGGCACUAG